UGCCGAACUUGGGCAUAGACUCCAUGGGCAUGUGCUAUUGAAGUUUUUGGGAAAAAAGCAGACUUUUCUCCCCACUUUCUUCGUUGCAUAUUCAUUCAAAGCAACCUUUAUGGUUCAAAUUCCUUAGUUUCGUUUAUACUCAACCAUCCAACUGAGAAAAUUAUUUUUUUCACAGCUCUAAAUGAAAAAUAUGAAACCUUACGAUGCAUAUCAUGUUUUCUUAAAUAUUAAAUACUAAUUCCUUCUAAUAGUUAAGGUAUCAUACUUUUAUAGACAUUCCGAAAUGAAAUCAAAAAUAUUCUUUAGGUUAAAAAAUCUUUCUGAAAUUUAUUGCUCUCAACUUCACAAUUUAAGAUGCUUCAGUUUUUGCAAGAUUAAUUACUAUGCUGAAAAGUAUACGUUACAACUGGUCCCUGAAGUUGAAAGUGAAGUUGACAGUGGGAAAAUCAAACAUCGGAGACAUCCAGGUGCCAGGAAAAGACCACCUGUAGUCUUACCUGAAAAAUUGAUUGGGGCUGUCCGCAAUUUGAUACCUGAUGAAAAAGUAAGAUAUUUUAAGACUGCAGCUUCAGAGUUAUGGAGUCAACUUUCAUCUCGCAGGUUGCCUAUUGAAUCUGAUGAAAUUGAACAAAGAUUGCUAAAGUUAUAUCCUCAUUUACGAGAUGGAACAUUUGAAGAAUUACCUGACUCUAUUAAAAAAGAAGAAAUAACUCAAAUGAGGAAGAAAAUUCACACUGAGCUAUAUCGUUGGAGGCCUAUUGAGUAUGAUGAAAAUAAUUGUCUAGCCUAUCUGACUGCAAGAUUAGCACCCAACUAUGCUUCAAUUUCCCAAGUAUUUUAUGAGAUAAAAUUGCAGUUGGGAAAUUUUCAACCGAAAACAUUUUUUGACUUUGGAUCAGGAGUUGGAUCUGGUGUUUGGGCAGCCUAUUCUGAGUUUGAAGACAAUAUUAAAGAAUACUUUUGUGUUGAUGCUUCUCCAAAUAUGAUUGAUGUUGCACAAACUCUUCUUACUGAUGAGAGUACAAAGAAGAUGUUUUUAAAAUCAAUAUUUUUUCGUCAAUUCUUACCAGCAUCAGAUACUGUAAAAUAUGAUUUAGUUCUAAGUGCCUUUUCAUUAUUGGAGUUACCUUCUGCAAAAGAUAGACUUCAAGUCAUUGAUACUUUAUGGAGAAAAACAAAUGAUCUCUUGGUAAUAAUUGAAUACGGAAAUAAAGCUGGUUUUCUUUCUGUUCUAGAUGCAAGAGAUUAUAUUUUACAGGUAGAAAACCAUAUGUCAUCCCAUUACCCAUGUUACAAUUCUGGAGCUCAUGUCGUUGCACCUUGUACCCAUGAUUUAACUUGUCCAAGGUUUGAAGCAUCAGACAAUACUUGUGGCUUUAUUGUGUCAUAUCAGACUAUUUUUCCUGACAGGUAUUCACCUAUCGACAAAAAAGACUGGAUUUCAUAUGUAGUAUUAAGAAAAGGAAAGAGACCAAAAGAUGAAGUCUCUUGGCCAAGAAUAGUAAAACCUGUAUUGGCACGAGCGAAGCAUGCAUAUUGUCGCAUGUGUUGUAGCGAUGGAAAAUUACGUGAAGUUGUAGUAACAAAAGCAAGACAUGGAAGAAAUGCAUAUCGAUGUGCAAGAAGCAGUCAUUUGGGAGAUCUUCUGCCAGCAGAAAUAAUGACUAAAACUUCAGACAACCGUUAAAGUUGCAUAGCUUAGCUUGUUUUUGAGAUAUGUCAUUUGAAGAGCAUGUUG